CGGGGCCGUGCGGGGCGGCGGCGAGGGCCCGGCCGCGCGGCCUGACGUCACCGGCCGGGGCGGCUAUAGGCUGCGGGCGGCGCUCCCCGAAGCGGCGGCGGCUCCGCUCUGCGCGCUCACUCCGCGCUGCCGCAGCCCCCGCGCCCGCGGCGCCCGGGCGCUUCCUCGCUGCCUCUGCCGGCGCAGGCUGCUCUGUCACUUUAGAGCGAGCGUCGGGCUGAGCCGGCAGGAUCCCGGGCAUUUCCAGCGAGCGCUUGCCAGCAGCCCGGCACUGAUUGAAAUUUAGGCAUCUUCAAAGAGGGGAGGAAGAUCCUCGUCUUCCGAAGCCUCCUCAAUGAGUGCCAAGCUCUCCAAGGAGUUGAGGCUGUCCCUGCCACCUUGUCUCUUGAACAGGACAUCUGCCACCUUAAACACCAGCAGCACCUGCAUCACGCAAGUGGGUCAACUCUUCCAGUCCUUCUCAUCCACCCUUGUUUUAAUUGUCCUGGUCACCCUCAUCUUCUGCCUGAUCCUCCUCUCUCUCACCACCUUCCACAUCCACAAGAGGAAGAUGAAGAAGCGGAAAAUGCAAAAGGCUCAGGAGGAGUAUGAACGGGACCACUGCACCCGCAGCAGCAAUAGCAGCAGCCAGCACCCUGAGACAGGGGUGCAGGUAGAUGCACCCCAAGGAAGAGACAGCCGGCUGGGAAGAACCCCCGAGGACUCGGAGAUCCAGCACCCCUCUUCCUCAGCAGCCCCAAGCUCCCAGCAAGCACGGGCUUGUUUGGACACAGCUGGUGCGGGGCUCUUGCAGACGGUGAUUUUGUCAUGAUGAUUUGGGGGAGACCUCACCAAGGCGCUGGUUGGUGUUUGUAAAUACCUGAGUGAUUAUUCUAGUCCCUGAAAAAGAAGAAAACAUUGCUAAUUCAAAUGAACGAAGAAGCCCACGAUCCAAGCGCAUGACAGAUCACAUUGCGUUUCUCAUUGACUGUGCAAGGAAAGGAUGCGUCUUUUUACUGGAGAAGGAGCUGCACACAGCUAACAAAUAUCAAGUUGUCCACCUGGA